CCCCCUGCUCGGGCGGGCCCCAAAGCAAGCAAGGGUGGAAGGGAAAGCUUUGAGCUCUGGGUGGCCGAUCUGGACCAGUCGGCCUCCCAGUCCAGGUUGCUGGCUGAAGACGCCUAAUCUUUUGCUUCAUGCAAUGCACCGCCUCCCUUAACGCGAUGCAACGGGCCGGAGGAGGAGGAGCGGCCGCAGCAGCAGCAGAGCCCGGAGGAGGCAGUGGGAGAGGAGGUGACAACGGCGGUGAGGCGGUUGCAGCAGCUGCGGCCUCUUAUCGGGUGCUGAGUCGCUUGCUGGGGUACGGCGGAGCAGAGUCAGCCGCAACCGGCUUGGGGCUGGGCAGAGCUGUUGGAGAGACUGCCGCUAUUGCAACUCGGGAUCGCGGAAGGGCGAGCGGGUUGAGGGGCUCGCAGCUUCUGGUCUUCCGCCCUGGAGAAACUGGAGAACCUUCGGCAGGGUCCCCAGCCGGUUGUCUGCCGCCGCCGCCGCCGCCACUGCCUCAGCCACCGCCGUCGGAGCUCCUGUGCGCUAGGCAUCGGUGCGCUCUCCUGGAUGCUCCGAAGGGCGAUCCGGGAGGAGGACGAUGCUGGAGCGGAACGCCGGGUGGCUUCAUUUUCUCUCCGGGAGCCGGCUUGGAGUUACACCUGGCGGCUCUGGGGCUUCAUCAGGCGCCUUCGACGGUGAUAGGAGGGCUGGGCAAGCCUUCCGGCGAUUGCUCCUGCUUGAGCCUCUUGCCUCAGCCGGCGAUGGUCCCGCCGCCCACUCUGUCCCUGUUACCCCCAGGGGAGGAGACCAGCGACGCCCUGCUGGUGCUAGAAGCUCUGGGCCCUGACGAGGAAGAUGAGGAGGAGACGGCUGCAGGGCAGGCCGAGCCCUCCAGUAACGCCAGUACGGGAAGCAGCCGCGUUCCUUUGCCCGCUGCAGCCCUCCCGGUGUUCGCUGCUGCUGCUGCUGCUGCUCCUUCGGCAGGCCCGGCAUCCAACGUUGCUACCCCCCGCCCCAGCUCUUCGGCCCCCUCCAGGAAAGGUUCGUUGAAGAUUCGCCUCAGCCGCCUUUUUCGCACCAAGAGCUGCAGUGGGCCAUCCUGCAACCCAGGGGCGGCCCCUGGAGCACGCCGGAUAGGAGAGAGGGAACUUCUACAAGCCGCUACUGCCCCAGCCCCCUCGGGCACGGCAGGAAGCCUCCCCGAUGUGUCUCAACCUGGCUACCGGGAACAGGACUCGAACAGAAAACAAAGAUUGAUGCGAACACAAAGUGCCUUUUCUCCAGUUGCUUUUGGUCCCCUCUUCACAGGUGAGACAGUAUCGCUGGUAGAUGUUGAUAUCUCUCAGCGUGGCCUGACAUCCCCACACCCUCCCACACCUCCACCUCCUCCACGACGAAGCCUCAGCCUUCUGGACGAUAUCAGUGGGACACUGCCUGCAUCUGUCUUAGUGAAUCCGAUGGGGUCUUCGUCGCUCCAGUCUUUUCCUCUGCCUCCACCGCCUCCACCACAUGCCUCUGGUCAGUUCAGCUUUGCUUCUAAAGUUUUCCUGAAUUUCCAUGAGGCAUUUCCCCGGAUACUCCCAAUCAGAGCAUCUGAAGCAGUACAUAGUCAGUCUGCACAGCACCUUCAGUGCCCCCUUUAUCGGCCUGAUUCAAGCAGUUUUGCAGCUAGCUUACGAGAGUUGGAAAAAUGUGGAUGGUACUGGGGCCCUAUGAACUGGGAAGAUGCCGAGAUGAAGUUAAAGGGGAAGCCAGAUGGAUCGUUCCUGGUUCGUGACAGCUCUGAUCCUCGCUACAUUCUGAGCCUCAGCUUUCGAUCACAGGGUAUUACCCAUCACACUAGAAUGGAGCACUACCGAGGAACUUUUAGUCUUUGGUGCCAUCCGAAGUUUGAGGACCGUUGCCAGUCUGUGGUGGAGUUUAUUAAACGUGCUAUCAUGCAUUCCAAAAAUGGAAAGUUCCUUUAUUUCCUGCGAUCAAGAGUGCCAGGUCUCCCUCCAACUCCUGUCCAACUUCUCUAUCCGGUCUCUAGGUUCAGCAAUGUCAAGUCGCUACAGCACCUCUGCCGGUUCCAGAUAAGGCAACUGGUCCGCAUUGAUCACAUUGCAGAGCUCCCACUUCCCAAGCCUCUGAUUGCAUACAUUCGCAAGUUCUACUACUAUGACCCUCAAGAGGAAGUGUAUCUCUCGCUGAAGGAGGCCCAGCUGUUUUCCAAACAGAAACAAGAAGCAGAUUCCUCUACGUAGUGAGAGUUCUUGUCUGUCAUGCUGCUGUCACUGAUGGUAAUACCGUGUUUCCCCAAAAAUAAGACCCAACUGGAAAAUAAGCCCUAGCAUGAUUUUUCAGGAUGUUUGUAAUAUAAGCCCCACCCCAAAAAUAAACCCCAGUUAAAAUCGUCAGCCAGACGGACACAUUUAGUACCGUAUUUCCCCCAAAAUAAGACCUAGAUGGAAAAUAAGCCCUAAUGUGUCUUUUGAAGCAAAAAUUAAUAUAGGACCCGGUUUUAUUUUCGGGGAAACACGGGGUAUAACAUUGUAAAUUAGAAGAUUCCCGUUUUCUCUUUUCUCUCUCUCUCUCUCUCUCUCUCUCUCUCUCUCUCUCUCUCUCUCUCUCAACCUUAAGGGGUUUUAGUUUGAUUGUUCUUUCAUAUCCUGUAUUGGAAGCUUUGCAUAUAGUCUAUAUUUAAAAAACAACAAAAAAACCCAAUGGUUUCAUCUGUGCAGUUAAGCGCAGUUGUAUACAUAGGUAGCCCUCGACUUAACAACAGACUUCAUAAUUUCCCAUGCUAAGCAAGGCAGUUGUUAAGUGAGUCCUGCCUGAUUUUACAACAGCAACUGUGGUCAGUUGUUAAGCAAAUCACUGCAGUUGUUAAGGGAAUUCCAGCUUCCUGUUGAUUUCAUUUGUUGGGAAGCCGGCUGGGAAGUUUGCAAAUAGUGACCCUAUGACCCCCGGGGUCCUUCAGUCAUUGUAAAUACAUGCUGAUUGCCAAGUGCUUAAAUUUCGAUCUUGUGACUGUGAGGAUACAGCAAAAGUUAUAAGUGUGAGGACUUGGUGGUAAGUUACUUUUUUUUGAAUGCUGUUGUAUCUUGGCACAGUCACUAAAUGAAUGAUUGUUAGUCGAGGACAUCCUAUAUUUGCUCAUUUUCCAUUAUGGAAGCCUAGUCCCUAGUCUACCAAAUGUUUUUCCUGAAUCGGUAUAAUGCAAGCUUCCCUUGUUAACUUUGGAUAUGUUGACAGGCUUACAAUUAUAAGAGCUAGAAUGUGCAUUUUGGAUUUUAAAGCAAAGUGAAUGUUAGAGUUCAAAACCAGUCCGCAUGUACCUAAUUAUAAGCACACAGCAUAUCUAGCAUUUUAGUUCAAUCUUGGAUAUGCAGAAAGAAAGACAUGCUACAUUUUUGUCCUUAACAAUGUCUACACACUUUGGGGGGAGGGGGGGAGGUUUCACCUCCCACCCAUCUUUCUAUUUCCCAUCUCCAAAUUAGGAAAUGGGUCACCAGUAUCCUGUAGCUGGGGAAGCUGCACUGGAAAAGACUCCUGGUGUUUCCUUUCUGGCUGUCUUGGGCCUCCGGAAAAGAGUCCCGGGCUUGAACAGAAGCACAACUGUGCACAGAAAUGGGCACCCCUGACCCCACCUGGUUCCAAAAAAGAAGUUGGAAUCCACUGAAGCUGGACUGUAGGCUCCUUAAAGGAUGAAGAAUGUUAUUUUUCUUGUCAAAUUUCUAUUUUUGGGGUGCUUUUCUUUUCUAUCCAUAUUUUCCAACAUGGGAAAUUAUGAGCCAGUUUAACGUUUUGUUUACCUUUUGGCAUUUGGGGAUGUGGGGGGUGAGAUUGCCACUGUCUCCAAGAUAUUAUGAGCAAAACCUGCUCCCGGUUCCUGUGUCUUUAAGAAUGCUGCUUUUGUAAGAAAGGUCUGAACUCAAGCUGCAUUUGGCGGUAUAAAAUAGUUGUUUGGGAAGUUGAGCUUUUCUUUACUUGGAGGUAUGUCAGCUGAAGCUGGACACCUGUCUCUCGCGGGAUAGCAUUGUGGGUCCUGUACUAAGUUGGAUUUCAUAUAUUCUCCCAGUUCCAUUCCAGCUUUGGAAUUCUGGGAGGCCAGAAUGUGAGUGGUUGGGACAGGGAGACGAAGAAUAGCAAGCUGAAAUAUAACUUCUUGCUCACGUAAAAAAAAAAGCUGGAUAGCAUCUUGGGGGGGUAGGGAGGAUGGGAAGGUGCCCGAAUAUGUUUGAUUAAGCAAUGGAAAAUUAGCCAGAUUGGGAAAAAUUGCUUUCGCCUUCUGUUUGAAUGCAAAUGGGACACGGGUAGCAAUGUGGAAGGUUUCCACUGCAGGGGCCAUCAGCCAUUUGAAAAUGGACAGAUCUCUCCCACUUAUUUUAUUUUGCUUUUCUUCCCAUUAUUAUUAUUAACACUGGAAUUCAUCAGAGCUGUUAGAGCUGUUGUAAAAGCACUGGCGUAUCCCUGUUAGGCAGAAAUGACUAGCUGAAGUCGGUCCCGGUCUUACAGAUGGGGUUACAACCCAUUGCCCUUCUCAAGAAUGGAAAGCCAAGAUAGCAAUAGCAGUUAGGCGUAGAUGAGUCAGCAAAAAAGUUAUGGCUUAUCAAACAAAAAAAGGGGAAAAAAGAAA